AUGAAUGCCGAAUUGAGUAAAAAGAAAGGCAAACAUGUGAGUGAUAAGAAGCCCUCGAAGCGGAAGGCCAAGCGGCGGGAGACAUACUCUGUCUACAUCUACAAGGUGCUCAAGCAGGUGCACCCGGACACUGGGAUCUCCAGUAAAGCCAUGAGCAUCAUGAACUCGUUUGUGAAUGACGUGUUUGAGCGGAUUGCGAGCGAAGCGUCUCGUCUGGCGCAAUACAACAAACGCUCCACCAUCACCAGCCGCGAGGUCCAGACCGCCGUCCGCCUUCUGCUGCCGGGAGAGCUUGCGAAACACGCGGUGUCUGAGGGCACCAAGGCUGUGACAAAGUACACCAGCAGCAAAUGACCCCAAUAAACAAACUGCAUCUGAGAAAA